UACUUUCUGCUUUACAAACAAGUUUAGAAAAGGAUAUAAAAGAGCAAGAGAAAUUUUUUGAAGAGUUAGAAAAAUUAGAAAGCAAUUACCAAGAAAUAUUAGGAAUUAUUGAUAAUUAUACUAAACUUGUUGUUUAUAGAGAAACUCAAAAGGCUUUUGAAGACUUUAAAAGAGAAGUAGAAAAACUUAAAAGAAAAUUAGAGUUCGCAGAAGGAGAGAAAGAAUUUGAUGCUGAACGAGGAAAAGAAGACAAUAAAAUGAAAGAAUAUUGUAAAAAUAACUGGGAAGAGUAUUGUAAAAUUUCACGAAGAGUUGAGGAAAGGAUAGACGACUUACUAAAAUCCAUGGAAGAAAAAGAAAAACAACAAUAUGAAGCCAAGAUUGAAAUUUUUCCCGAGUCAAAGUUAGAUUAA